AUGGCUUGGAUGGUAGGAGAUGGAGAGCUUAUAAGCGCCUGGAACGAUCCAUGGCUUAGCUCUUCACAGCAGCUCAGACCUAUGGGACCGGUCCCGGAAGCUUAUGUAACCCUCAAAGUCUCUGACCUAAUGCUUGAUGGAUCAACUGAAUGGGACCAGGCUAAGGUUCGGCAUAUCUUUCCGGAACUAGCAGAGACUAUCCUAAGCAUCAAACCAAGUUGUCUAGGGGCUCCGGACAAACAAUUCUGGGUUCACACUCGAGAUGGAGUCUACACUAUCAAGUCAGGGUACACAGCAGCGGUUGAGUGGCGAGCGGAAAGAGAGGACAGACCUCAGCCAAGCCACGCUAUCAACUGGAACAAAGGCGUCUGGAACUUGAAGACAGCCCCAAAGAUCCAACUCCUAGUUUGGAAGGCAUUACGCGGAGCUCUCCCAGUGGGAGAACAACUCCUUGCACGUCAAGUUACCACUGAUCCAGCAUGUAAAAGGUGCGGAAAACUCGAAUCAAUUGAUCAUCUCCUCUUUCAAUGCGAAUUUGCGGAGCAAGUUUGGAAAGAGGCCCCGUUCUUACAACAAGUUGAUAUGAGACGAUUGCUAGAUUUGGAUUCUGACUGGAUGCAUCUGAUUACUAACCCCUGUUUACCACCUGUGGGGAUUGUAACGGGCCAACUAGCUUCGUGGAUAGUGUGGGCACUCUGGACAGCUCGCAACAAGCUGAUAUUCACCAAAAAGUUGUACUCUGUAGAGGAAGUGAUAACCCAUGCGGUAUCUGCAGCGCGAGAAUGGUUGAACGCACAGGAGAAAGAACAGAGGCAGAACCCCAUGAUACGAGUGAAGAAAGCACCAAACCCCCGAGAUAUUGUAGUCCAAACAGACGCAGCUUGGAAAGGGGACUCAAGGACGAUGGGUUUGGGAUGGACAAUUAAAACAGGCGAAAGUUUCAAUUUUCAAUCUGUAAACCGCUUUGUGAACUCACCGCUGGCAGCAGAGGGAUUGGCAGCUAGAGAAGCAAUCAAGAAAUGUAAAGAGCUGGGACUCCGGCGCAUUCGUAUUGAAUCAGACUCUGCUCAACUUAUCAAAGCUUUAAACUCGACGAUGGACCCGCCAGAGAUUUAUGGGAUAAUCACAGAUAUUAGGAUUGUCUGUCUUGCUUUUGAAUCUGUUUCCUUUAGUUGGAUUCCACGAGCUGGAAAUUCUGUUGCUGAUGGCCUGGCUAAACAUGCUUUGGCUUUGUAUCAAGUGGUAUAA